CCUGCCUGACCCCUUUUCAUCCCUGCCCCAUCCCUGUGCCUCUGCAGUCCCUGGCUUCAGUCUCAUCCUCACCCUGAAUCAACUGAGCUAAGAAAAGCAAAUAAGAUGCCCACCAGCGAGCGUUUAGACUGCCAUUACUGCAAAGACUCCCUGCUGGGGAAGAAGUACAUAAUGAAAGAGGACACGCAGUACUGCACUAAGUGCUACGAGAACUUGUUCGCUAACAACUGCGAGGCAUGCUCCUUACCAAUUGGCUGUAACUGCAAGGAUCUCUCCUAUAAGGAUCGUCACUGGCACGAGCAGUGCUUCAAGUGUGGCAAGUGCAGCCGCUCUCUAGUGGAAAAGGCCUUUGCAGCCAAGGAUGAUUUGUUGCUCUGCACUGAGUGCCAUGCACAGGAUUACUCCUCCAAGUGUACCACCUGCAAGAAAACCAUCAUGCCAGGUUCCCGCAAAAUGGAAUACAAGGGGAACAGCUGGCAUGAGACCUGCUUCCUGUGUCACCGCUGCCAGCAGCCAAUAGGAACCAAGUCCUUCAUCCCUAAAGACACCGGUUACUUCUGUGUGGCCUGCUUCGAGAAGCAGUUUGCAUACCAGUGCUCCGCUUGUAAGAAGGCCAUCACAACAGGUGGGGUGACCUACCAAGAGAAGCCCUGGCACCGCGAGUGUUUUCUGUGCAUUGGAUGCAGAAAGCAGUUGUCAGGCCAGCGCUUCACCACCAGAGAAAAUUACCCCUACUGCCUGGAGUGCUUCAGCAACCUAUACGCAAAGAAGUGUGUGGGCUGCACCAAGCCCAUUACUAGUCUGGCAGGAGCCAAGUACAUCUCCUUUGAGGAACGCCAGUGGCACAGCGAGUGUUUCACCUGCAUGCAGUGCUCUGUGUCACUGGUGGGACGUGGCUUCCUCACCCAGCGUGACAACAUUUUGUGCACUGACUGCGGGAGGGACAAAUGACCUUUACAUGCCAGGAUCACAGCUCUACCCAAAUGACAACAACGCCUGCUUUCUGAUAGAAAUACUGUGGAUCUAUGAAAGUCUCCCACAAGAAUGCCUUGCACAAAAAAACCCCCAAAGUGUCAUUAUUUUGCUGUGUUUAAUUUUUUUAAAAAAGAAGACAUUAUGUCUUGUAUGUCACUCACACACACCCACACACAGAUUUUAAAGUUACUCUGGCAUGUAUGUUUUUCUUGAUGACAAAACAAUCAUUAGCUGUCUGAUGCAGUUUAUUGUACAUCUGUUGUGCCUAGAUAAAAAUGUAUCCACUAAAGAAACAAUAAAUGAUGCAUGAUUUUUGGA